UUUAGUGUGUGUAUACUCUCUCUCUCUCUCUCUCUCUCUCUCUCUCUCUCUCUCUCUCUGCUUGUGUUCUGUAUAUUCCAACAAGAAAGAAUCUUGAUUGAUCAACAAUUUUCCUCGCAAAAUCUCUCUCGAACUUUGAUACAUUUCUCCUCUAGAGAGCCCCCAGGAAGAAUUCCCAAUUUUUUUCACUCAAAUCGGACCCCAAAUUUGAAUUAUAUAUCCCGUCAAACCCUUGUGACCUCUGUUUCACACUCCCCACUUCUCGCCUUUUAUGGCUCUGCUGAACUUCAGUGUUGUAUGAGGAAUUCGGAGUUGCUGGUGUUUAUUUAUCCAAUUGUUCGAAUCGAUGCUCAAUGUCAAAAGUCGAAGUGCAUGCAUGAUAGCAAACCCCUGAAUUUACUCUAGAUCAUUGUGUUGGGAGUUUUGAAGAUUGAAUACAAAAUAUACAAAAAUUGUUGGAAAAAAUUAAUAGGAAUGUUGGAACCAGAGCUGUUUUCUUCUCGAGUGUUCUCUCCUUUUCGUGAGGAAAGUGGGGAUGAAGAGCUUUCUGUUCUUCCUAGGCAUACAAAAGUAAUCGUAACAGGAAACAACCGAACAAAAUCUGUUUUGGUGGGUCUUCAAGGCGUUGUGAAGAAGGCUGUUGGCCUCGGUGGUUGGCAUUGGCUGGUUCUGAAAAAUGGAGUUGAAGUGAAGCUGCAAAGGAAUGCUUUGAGUGUUCUUGAACCCCCAACUGGUCAUGAAGAAGAUGAUGAGUAUGAAUUUGAUAUUUCAAGCAGUGGCUCGGAUGUCAAUGAGUUUCCAACUGCAACAGAGUUCAGCAAACUGAACAAACCUAGAGUUCGUUACACAAGACCGUGGGGUCCAUCUCCAUCAGUGAAGUCUGCUAAUCGCAAUGGUUGCAAAGAAACUCAAACCAAUAUGCACGCAUGUUAUCCUAAAGUGAACUUCUCGAAGCUUGGAACCAACACACUAUGGCGAUAUUACAGCACCUUCAACCUUGGUAACAUGCACUCUAAUCCAACAAAGGAACAGCUGGUUAACGCGGUUCACAAACACUUUGCUUCCCAGAAAGUAAGUGAAAUGGAAGCAAUAAUGGAGUUCAUCAAUGCAGCCAAGAGGCGAAAAUCUGGAAGAAGCCAAAAGGAUCAAAACUGAUAGAGAAAGAAAGAAAGAGAGGAGGAUGUGGAUGUGGAUGUUGAUGUUGAUGUUGUGUGUGCGCGUGCGUGUUGUUUGUGUAUACAUACUAUUAUCCUAACCGAUUAGCGCCGACUCUUAAUUGUAGACGACUUAACUGGAGAUAGAAAAGCUUGUUUCUUGGCUUUAUGAUGAUCUCUCCUUCAUCUUUAACCAUGUAAUAUUGAGCCACCUUCUAGGCUUCGUUUAUAUCUAAAUCGUAUCUCAUUGCAAUCAA